AUGCCACGACCUAAACGAGCGCGUCGCGCACCAACCCAGCCAGUCGCAGCCGUGCCCGCCGCGCCUGAAGCAAGAUCGAGCCCCGCGCCCGCGUCAGGCAGCGAUAUCUACAGCCACAGCGAUCGCGAACAUUCUGUCAUUAGGAAGGAGCUUGCAGAGGAAGACACAUCUCUUUUCAAGGAAGGUCCGUCUACGCGUCUAAGCAGGAGUUCCAGCUUGCGCCAGAGGCAGGUGCCAGACAAGGCGGGUCAUGCAUGGGACGACAACGUGAGCAAGCUGGAGGACGCAGCCGAGACGGCGGCUUCCAAGGCAAAGACAUCCAGCGAACAGCAAAAGUCGGAUUCGUCGGUCGAAGUGGGACGGAAGACGCGUGCGACGCCAGUUCAACAGCGCAGGGAUACGACGGGGUUGGAUUUGGACGACGAGAUGUUUACGGGACUUGACACGACGCUCGGCGACGACGACGACGAUGCCGCUGCACCUCCAAGUGCGCCGCGAUCCGAAGCCUCAAAUUUUAGUGUGAGCCACUUUAGACGGAGGGGUCGCGCGCCGAGUAUUAGUAUCAACAAGGACGAUGCGCCCAUUAGACCAAGCAGUCGCGGAAUAGGUGGAACGCCUAGUAUCAGCUCGACCUUCAACAUCGGUCUGUUUAAACGCCGUCAACGCGAACCGAGUAUUCUGGGGACGGCGCAGAAGGAGCGCGCACAGCGGCCGAUUGAGGUGUCAUCCGGAUCUGAGUCCGAUGAUGAGGAAGGUGAAGACUUUGAACCCGAGGCCGAGUCGACACCUCUUCAGAAUCGCCGCAGAACACAGCCUCCUCCCGCAACCGAGCUCGAAUCAGAGUCGCAGCAGGUUCUAGCGCCGGAUUCUCAGCCCGCCGCGAAAGACGCUGAGCCGACAAGCGCCAGCUCACGCAAGCGAAAGAGCAUAGAAAGCCACGAAGAUACUGAGCGUCCGGGAAAAGCGUCACGCACUGAACCCGAGCCCGCGCCUGAAUUAGAUGAUGAUGACAGUGAUUCGGCGCUCUCUGAGCUGCCUUCUCCUGUUCUGACUCCCACGAGGCCGUCUGCUUUCCCGCGGCCAGUCACUCCGAAUCAAGAAGACAUCAUGGCACCUCCUGAGAGCAGUGACUCGGAAGAUAACAAUGAGGCGUGGCCCGACAUUCGUACACUUGCCAAACAGCGUCGUCGCCAAGCGCCAGCCACACCAACGCGAGAUGGCAACAUCUCCGAUGCUUCCUCGCCACCUUCUCUCACCCACUCGCCCAACUUCCCAGCGACAAAGAACAAGUCCAAGCAGAAGAAGCAGGCCAAGGCGCCCAAGGUCACGACGGCGGAUUUGACGGGCAUGCUGCCGCGCAGACGCUCCAAGAAGAAUCGGGACCCUUAUAGCGUGGGUGGCUCAGAGGAUGAGGGGGGACGCAACUCCGACGCCUCCCAGGAUGACGACGAGCUUUCAUACGCGGAUACAAGGACUCGCUCACGGCGGGCGAAGACGACACCUCUCAAACGUAGCACGGCUAAUAGGCCACCAUCCCGUGGUGGUCGAGCCACUGCGGCGGCCGGCAAGGCGAAACCAGCCGCACCUAGCACUCGUGCGUCAACGCGCACUUACAGCCGCAGGCUCUCGGACAAGGAGAACGAGGGCGAGGGUGAGGUUGGGGGCGAAGCAGAGGCAGAAGGGGCAGAGGCAGAGACUGGAGCGGAACCUGAAGCGGGAUUCGAGGGUGACAGCUUUGCCCCCAUUCGAGACGACAUUCUCGAAAGCCAAGAAAGCAGCGAUCCCGCGCGUAGUGCCGACGAGCUGAAGAAGGCAACGCGCAAGUUUAGGGAAGUUGACCGCUGGCAGCUCGAGUUUGAAGAAAUGACAGAGGGAUCAUCGCCCAAUCGAGAUGCGCGGUAG